AUGUGGCAGUUGGCAUUGGGACUGGGUCUAAUCCAGCAGCUGAGCCUUGCCAUCGUGGUGGAGCGCAACAUGUUUGCCUACUACAAGGUGCCGGCCGCCCAGCUACUUUACUCCCACGCCUCGGAUACGGAUACGAAUACGGAUUUCAACUCACAAUCACAGGAGAUCACCAAUUUUAGGGGCGGCCAGGUAAAGGAUCUCUACUAUGUGCUGCAGUGUCCCCCGAAGCUGGAUGAGGGCAUACCCAAGCCGCAGGACAUGCAAACCUGCAGAGUGGUGGACCAGUACAGGGGACUGUGGAAGAAGAAGAAGCCACAGCCCAAGAAGCGCUUCCACAUGGUGCCAUUCCGGAUAGUGUUGCGUCCACUGGGACCGCCGGCCAGGAGACGCAGCCUCAAGCGACGCAAACGCCAGCAUAAUGAUCACAAGUAUCCACUCAUCAAGGCUUCCGAUCGGGCUGUCCCAAAAGUAGCGGGGGAAGAGGUGGUCAGUCCGCUACAGUACCUGGGACGCCCCCACAAGCGCCAGAAGCUCCUCAAACUGGCCGCCGACCAUCGAAAGUUCAAGCGCGGCAGCCGUUCCAAGGGUCACCAGCACAUGUACCAUCGCGAUGAGACCUACAACGAUCACAUCUUCUACGACGAACUGCAGGACGACGGGGAGUUCCACAACCUCGGCAAGGGAAAAUCUAAUUAA